AUUUCAUCGACAAUAAUUUUUCACCCUUGAAGGCCUAGGCGAUUCGGAGAAGCAGCAGAAGCUAGUCAAAGACGCAAACACAAUUGCCUUCCACAGAUCAAGAUUAAUAUAUUUAAAUCUGAAUCAAAAGCUGCGAACGAGCGAGGGAGAGAGAUAAUGGAGAGCGAGUUGGUCGGGCUUUGCAUCGAAGCGGCGUGCCAGAGCAGAGAGAGCGUGGAGAAAUGGCGGAGACAGAGGCGGAGCCUCGAGCGCUUGCCCUCUCAGCUCGCCGACGCUCUCCUCCGCCGCCUCCUCAUCCGUCGUCUUCUCUACCCUUCUUUGCUCGAAGUUUUCAAACAUAGUGCAGAGGAGAUUGAUCUCAGAGGUGAGAACUCUGUGGACGCAGAAUGGAUGGCAUACUUGGGAGGUUUUCGGAACCUGCGCUCCUUGAAUGUUUCAGAUUGCCAUAGAGUCACUAGUUCAGCUCUUUGGGCUAUGACAGGAAUGACGAGUUUAAAGGAAUUGGAUCUUUCUAGAUGCUUGAAGGUUACUGAUGCGGGCAUUCAGCAUCUUAUAUCCAUUUCAUCACUGGAAAAGUUAUAUGCAUCAGAAACCGGUGUAACCACGAAUGGAAUUGUCCUUCUCUCUUCGCUUAAAAACUUGUCUGUCUUGGACUUGGGGGGUUUGCCUAUCACUGAUCAGGCACUGAGUUCACUCAAGGCUCUUACAAAAUUACAGUACCUUGACCUUUGGGGAAGCAAGGUGUCUAACAAAGGUGCAGCUGUUUUUCAAAAGUUCUCCAAACUGAGCUUCCUUAAUAUAGCUUGGACCAACGUCACGAAAUUUCCAAAUUUGUCAUCUCUUGAAUGCCUAAACAUGAGUAACUGUACCAUUAACUCUAUACUUGAAGGGGAUGGAGGUAAAGCUCCUUUAAGCAAGCUUAUUUUCUCUGGAGCUACAUUCAUUGGUGAGGCUGAGGCUUUUAUAUAUGUUGAAACAAGUUUCCUGUCCUUUUUGGAUUUAUCUAAGUCUUCCCUUCAAAAAUUCUGCUUCUUACCUUCUAUGAAAGCACUGAAACAUUUGGAUCUCAGCUUCGUCAUGAUUGGAGAUGAUUUAGUCAAGCACAUUGCAUGUAUAGGAGCGGAUUUGAAAAAUCUAAAUCUCAGCAACACCAGACUCACCUCUGCUGGAGUUGAGAUUUUAGUUGGUCAUGUUCCCAAUCUUGAAGUUCUAUCAUUGUCUUCCACACUUAUUGAUGACAUCGCAGUCUUAUAUAUCAGCAACAUGCCAUUAAUGAAGGUUGUCGACUUAAGCAAUACCAAUGUUAAAGGUUUCAUCCACCAGGCAGGUGCUGAGCCAGGCUCAGUUCCCUCACUGCAAGCCCUAGAAAGUCUCAGUCAUUUGGAAAUGCUGAAUUUGGAGCUGACUCAUGUCCGGGAUGAUGCUCUAAAACCUUUAUCAAGCUUCCAAGAGUUGAGAAAUCUCUCUCUCAGAAGUACUUCCCUUACAGAUCUAUCCCUACACUACUUGUCAUCUCUCCCAAAGCUGACAAAUCUCAGCAUUCGUGAUAGUGUGUUGACAAAUUUUGGGCUUGCUUCAUUCAUUCCCUCGUGGACUCUAAAAAUGUUGGAUCUGAGGGGUUGUUGGCUCUUGACUGAGGAUGCCAUUUUGUCAUUCAGUAAAAACCAUCCUCAAAUCGAAGUCAGGCAUGAACUUGUACACAUCUUACCAGCAGACAAUAUUGGCUCUAGCCGUCCAUCUCCAUCGCGAUCAACUUCAAGGACCUUGCUAGUGAACAAGAAGCUGGGGAAUAUACACAUUUCUCCAUGUUUUGUAGAUCAAAGAUUGAAGUAUAGCAAACAGGAGCUACUUGAACUGCAGUAUUCUUCAAUUCACGCAUCUCCCCUUGAUAGAGGCAUUAAUACGUCCCAGAUGGAACUGAACUAACCGGGGAUGACUCUUAAAAUUGCUUUUCCAUAUUUCCGGUAAAGAUAGACACACAAUCCUUUACACAACAAUUUUUAUAACGGUGUUUUAAAAUGUGGAUAUUUUGGUAAAAUGAUGAUACUUUUACAAAAAUACCAUUAAUUUAAAACAUAGUUAUGAAAAAAGUUGCGUAAAGAGUUGUGUUUAUCAUUCUCC